GAAGACAUGGACGUAAAGGAGAUGAUGAGAGUCAUGAUGAAGGACAUGAAGGAGAUGAAACUGAUGUUGACGAGGAGCGAGAGGAUUGCGCAGGAGGCUAUAGACGAGGCGACGUCGGCGAAACAGUCGGCGCUCAAGGCGACCUUGGACAUCAGCGGCCUGGAGGACAAGUUCGAGAAGUUCCAGCAGUCGGCCGUUACGAAGGAGGACGUGACCAGGAUGAUCGAAGAGACGAUGUCUCAAUCCCUGGCGGCCCGGAACAUGUACUGCAAGAGCGAGUUCGAGGGCGUGUUCUUCGUCAAAUUUAUGUCGGACGCGUCGCGCCAGAUGUUCCUUGACACUGUCAACUCGUUCGCGAGAGGGCAACCGGGGGGCUUCGUGAACACUGUCUGGGCGAAGCCAGACCUCCCUUUCGACAUCCGCAUGCAGCACGGCGUCCUCUUCGGGCUCCGCCGGCUGCUGGCGACGUGGGGCUUCAACAAGACGUGCGUCAAGGUGAACACGGAUGACUCCUCCUUGUCUGUCGCAGGGACCGUGGUGACCAAGACGGGGGUGAAGGACUACCAGCUGGAGCUGAAGUGGGUGGACCAGGAGUGGGGGAAGUGGGAUGCACUGCAGUCGUCUUCAGAGCUCUCCGAGAUCACCGCCGGCGCCAAGGGGAAGCUCGACAGGGCGAAG